AUGGCUCUGAGAAUGGAAUCAAUACAUGUGCAUCAUGUUGAGAGUCCUCGAAAUACAAUUUUAACAAUCACAGAUAAUAUCGGUUCAUCAGAUAUUUUAGCAAGCGAAGAAACAAAGUUUAUAUCGAAGUGCGCCGAAUUUAAGGAUGACAGUUUUGCUGAAUUAAAGGAGCUAUGUAUGUUUUCUAAAUUGAAUUCGGAUAUUAGUCGCGAUGCUCCUAUCGCUUAUAUUGACGAAGAGUUGAGUGGUAGUGAACAUGGUUCGCUGGAAACAACGAGCAAUGAUGUCAUAGCAGACUGUACGCACAAGCGCGUGGGUGUACCUCAACCAGAGAGUGCAAAUAUUUUGGCAAAUGCGAACAACAACGAUGAAGAAUCCAAUGAUUGUUCAUUGCAUUCAAAUGAUUCAGGUGAAGAAGACACAUCGUUUGCGAAAACGUCGUCCGGUGAUUAUCCUGUCGACGAUGCAACUUACGAUAUUUCGACUGUUAGCAGCAUGGAGAGUCCUGUGGAAAAUCCGAAUGCGGAAAGUUUGACUGUAACUGAAGAGGCCGCGCGUCGGUUCGAAUCGAUCGAAUCCCCACCUCGCGGCGGCGCGUCUCCGGCGCAUUCCCCGCUGAUCGCACCGGAGACGACGCCGUCGCUCGCCGCCGCGGACGGUGCAUGCGACGGGCUUCAGUGCCGCAGCAAGCCGACGCGAGUUGACAUCACGCUGCACGCGUGUCGAGAGCACGUGUCGCGAGUACACGAUCACGCUGUCAUCUGUCCUGAAGAAGAACAAGGGACAGACCAGUGCAAAGACGACGCUCUCGACGACCAGAAGGCGUCUAAUAGAUUACCGAUCAAUACAACAUUACGACGUCCGACACCCGGAGAAUGGAGCCCCGUGCCGCCGCGGCAUGGGGCUUCUGAAGAAAACGAGAGUGCGUCGUGCAGGUCAAGGCCGAAACCACCCUCAAAUUCGCAACGGCAACAAGAAGAAACGAUUUGUGACACAAUCAAGGAACUAGAGUCUACAUUAGAUGCCACUGUUUAUGAUCCUUGGAAGAGUGCAACACGACAUGAAUACAGUCCUACUACUAUCAGUUUUGAAAGUAGUAGCAGAUUAAAACGUCUAGAAGAACGCUUGAAUAGCAGGAAACAAAUACCUGUGAUAGGCAAUGCUAGUACACAAACCGAAGAUACCAGUACAAAAUUACCUGACAUAGAAUUAAUCCCUCCUCCUCCGCCUCCAAAGGAAUACGCUGGUGGUGAUAACUCCGAGGAAACUUUUGAAGAAUCACAUGUUCCCUGCGUGAUAACAGCUGAUCAAGUUCUGAUCGGCGACGUUUAUACUAAUUGCGAAUUUGAUGCUCGCGAAAUCAACAACUAUGAAUUGCCAUUGGACGAAGAUUCUUAUUACGAAUGUUAUGAUGAACUAGGGGAAGAAGAAGAGGAAGAAGUCAAUCCUGAAGAAAAGCAGGGUGACAACGCGGAGUGUGAAAGUCAGCAUCAGCUGAGUAGUGUAGUGAAGUGCAAGUCGGAAGCCGGCGAUGCGCGGCGUGGUGACGAGAUGGUGCAUAAUCGUGACCAUGGUAACUUACGGAGUCUGCUGAAGAAGGCCGGCUCUAGUGGUAGUAGUGCUUCUAGUGUUAGCGGCAGUAGUGGUGCAUCGCGCACUAAGCGCCGCGUAGUGUUCGAUGAAAAACGAAAUGAGUUUUUUGACGCGGAUUAUAUUAUAUUGAUACGUGAAGAUUGUGCAGAGUGUAGAUAUGAUGAAGACGACGAAGAUGGACAGUGUUCGUGCACGUGCGGUGACCACGAACCGUUGCCACAAUGCCCGGGAUGUUGCGAAGACCACUGCGAUUAUGACGAUCACUGCUCUCAAACGCCGCAGAGUCCUAAGUUCGCACCACCUCUCGAGUUUGUCGAUCAGGCGGCACUCAGCCCCCCUGAAGGCUACAAGGAUGGCGGUCAGGGCGGCAACGGGCACGGUCAACCUGUCAGCGCUCUCGGGGCGCUUGGUGCACAGCACUUACAUCAACUGCAGGUUAUUCAGCGGUUGCAGGAGCAACGGCAGCAUAUGCUAGCCACCGCAGCAGCAGCAGGUAGACAAGCAGCGGCGCAAGCUGCUGCUGCUGCAGCGCAACAGCAACAGCAGCAGCAGCAACAUCAAAAUGCACCCCAAGCCAGAAGGCGACAGUUAGUCUGUGCAGAAUGUAGGAAUCAUGACAGCGUGUCAGAAUCGGAUUCGCACAGUUCUGGCGAGGAUGAUGAUAUGCGAGGUGGACAUGGCGACAGCCCGCAUGGGGAUCGCAAAGCGCCCGAGUACCGACCGCCACCCACACCGGCGGGACAGGCGGUGCGUACCACCACCAUGAAGGAGAUAGUUGCCGGCGAAGAGCGGCCAGUACUUGUCACCAACUGCCGAGCGGAUGUCACAAUGACCGCAGUUACCGAGAGGCGAAUAGUCCGAGAGGCCUCCGCAGAUGCAGGCAAUAGGAACUCUACCGCUGCUGCUGGGGCUGAUGUUACGGAUUCGUCCACGAUGAAUUCAUCAGGAGCGGCGAAUGUUACAUCGAACGUGGAUGCAGUGGCUGCUUCGUUGAAUGGAAUAUUGAAAGGUGGAAGGCUGUGGAAAAGCACCAGCGAUUUACCACAGGAGGAUGCUACUAGUUUUUGUUCCGAUGACGAUAAUGCAAGUCGUAGAUCAGUUCGAUUUUUCGAAGAAAAUGACAAUACCCUCCAUGGAACAUCCGAGGACCGCGAUGACGAGACUUCAUCGAACCUGAAACGACAACCGGUUGAAGAAGAAAGGACGGCAGAAAGAAUCAUCUGUUGA